AGGGAGCAGGUUAGUAUACUGCUGGUGCUAUAUUUCCAGCAAAGUCAGCUAAAAUAGUUCUAUAAUUAACACACGUCUGAAUUCAUGUGAGCUUUAGUGUGACUUUCAGCACAAGCCAGACAGCUCGGUGGAGUAACACCUCCCCGCCGGCAGGUGGCGCCAAAUAAAAACAACUCCCAGCUGGGGAACAGAGGAGGAAACUUGAAAGCAGCUCGAAAGGUGAUGUGUUGUUAAAAUUUCUCUUGGCAAGAUGUCGGGCCACGAUCAGCUGGUUCUCUGUUUGUGUGAAUUAACGAGGCUGCUGUGGAAGUUGCUGCUUCCUCUGGUGGUUCUGUGCGUGCUGCUGAUCGCUGUCCUGGUCCUGCUGGUGCUGGCGGUGCGUCUGUGGCUUCAGAGCAGCAGGAACGCUCGGCGGGCGAGGGACGGCCGCCCCACUGUGGCCUUCUUCCACCCCUACUGCAACGCUGGCGGUGGGGGAGAGAGGGUGCUCUGGUGUGCUAUCAGGGCUCUGCAGAACAGGUACAUGGACAUCAACUUUGUGGUGUACACUGGGGACCUGGGUGUGACGGGCCAGCAGAUUCUGGAUGGGGCGCGGCGUCGCUUCAACAUCGUGCUCCCCCGGCCGGUUCAGUUUGUGUUCCUGAGGCACCGGCUGCUCGUGGAGCCCGGCCUGUUUCCUCACUUCACCCUGCUGGGACAGAGUGUGGGCUCCAUCUUCCUGGGAUGGGAGGCGCUGACCGAGUUCGUCCCAGACCUUUACAUCGACUCCAUGGGCUACGCCUUCACUCUGCCCCUGUUCCGCUACUUGGGAGGCUGCAGCGUGGGGAGUUACGUCCACUACCCCACCAUCAGCACUGACAUGCUGUCUGUGGUGAGAGAGAGGAACCCCAGGUUCAACAACCCAGACUACGUCUCCAACAGUCUGUUCCUGAGUGCCUUCAAGGUGGUCUACUACUGCCUGUUCGCCCUGCUCUACGGCAUGGCCGGCUCCUGCAGCGACCUCAUCAUGGUCAACUCCUCCUGGACCCUCGAUCACAUCCUGUCACUGUGGCGCGCCCCGAACCGCACCAGCGUGGUCUACCCGCCCUGCGACGUCGGCGCGUUCCUGGACGUCCCGCUGGAGGAGGACGGGGACAGGAAGUGCCACUCAAUCGUUUCCAUCGGGCAGUUCAGGCCGGAGAAGGACCACCGGCUGCAGAUCAGAGCUUUUAAGAAGGUGUUAGACAGGAGGAGGGAGGGCGCGGGGGGCCGGGAGGCGCUGAAGCUGGUCCUGAUCGGCGGAUGCAGGAACCAGCAGGACGAAGAUAGGGUGCUCAUGUUGAGGGGGCUGUGCCAGGAGCUGGGUGUGGCCGACAGGGUGGAGUUUAAACUGAAUAUACCCUUCGAGGAGCUGAAGAGAGAGAUGGGGGAAGCCACCAUCGGACUGCAUACCAUGUGGAACGAACACUUCGGAAUAGGUAUUGUGGAGUGUAUGGCGGCAGGGAAGGUCAUUCUGGCGCAUAAAUCCGGCGGCCCCAAGCUUGACAUCGUGGUCCCUUUCGAGGGAGGCCAGACAGGUUUCCUGGCUGACGACGAGGACAGUUACGCGGAGGCCAUAGACAGGAUCCUGGCGCUGCCGCCCGCCAGCCGGCUGCAGAUCAGACGCAACGCACGUCAGUCGGUGGCUCGCUUCUCAGAUCAGGAGUUUGAAGCCUGCUUCAUCGCCGCCAUGGAGCCUCUGAUGGGAACGCUUGAACGAUGAGAAAAGAGACUCAUUCUUUGUGUGUGUGUGUGUGUGUGUGUGUAGGUUACGUGGCUAUUUUACACUUUGAGCACCUUUACUUUGUUGCACUUAGGGCUGCGUUUACACUGUAGAUCUGGUCACUAAAUGGGAUCAUUUCUGAUGCAGUAACAUCACUCACAUGCUCACACAGAGCUGCUGAGAUUGUGAAUUUAGUUGGGAGCUCGCCACUCAAGGUGGAGUGGACUUGGAUUUGCCCUGAAAGCAGAAAAGAGACAUUGGAAACUAUCUGCAUUACUUUUACUGAAUGGCCAAAUUUCACUUUCGUGUUUUUAAGGGGAAAUCAGGUACUUUACCUUGUAGUAGUGGAUCCAGCUGCAGGAACGUGUGUAGUUCUCUUCAACUUGUAUUUGUCAAAUACUAGAUUACCCUGUGAGAUGACAUUUGAAGCUCUUUUUUUUUACAGGACACAUUCCUUUGUCAGUAGUGUCAGUUUAAUUAAUUAAAAAGAGAUGUACUGUAUGUAAUACGGUGGUAACAGGACUCAAGAUAUUAAACAGAAACAUAUUUAUUGUUUACAAAAACUAGAAUUCUCUUCAUGCACCAAAUGUGAAGUAUUUUUGAUAUUGAUGCUGAAUGUAAUAAACACAUGAUGAGAGAGUUAA